GGAAGGAAGGAAAGAAAGAGAAACAGCCAGCGAGCGAGGAACUAGAGAGAAAAAAAGAGCGCUGAAGGCAUCUAAAGUCCUGCUCUCCUCCCUGCUGCCCUUUUCUUCGCCCCUCUCCCCGGCUGCGCUUCGCUAGAGGUUUGCAGUAAAAAAAAAAAAAAUCAGUUUGAACUGAAGAAAGUUGAAGAAACUUGAUAUUCUCCACUAGCUGACUGACACCAAAUUUAGAGAGCUUUGUUGCUAAUGAAUAUGCAUGCAUCCUGACUAUAUUUCUACAUGACUGGGGCAAUAUUCGGAAUGAAGCUGCUAUCAUGUCAUCCACAAGCGAUGGCAUGGCUAUUGAAGAAUUCUUGGUCAACAUUAACUUGGGGCAAUAUCUUCCUAAAUUUAAAGAAUAUGGCUAUAACAUUGUGACAGAUUGUGUGGGAAUAAAUAACAGUGUGCUUCAGCAAAUGGGAGUGUUGCCUACAGGGCACCGCAGAAGGAUUCUUAAGCAAUUAGAUGCCACUCUUUCAAAAAUGCAAAGAACUACCCCUUUUUGUGAAAAUCUAAAACUCAAAGACUUGAAAAGUUUAAAGGAGAAGGAAUAUUCAUCCUCGAAUCAGGAGUCUCCAAUAAGCAAUUCAAAUGUAGAUAGGUCUGGCUUGAUACCUGCAACGUUGUCAGAAGCACUUCUUAGUAAAGCUUGCAUUGAUAAAGAAAGGUUUGAACUGGCAGAGCAAAACUUACCGGAGGCAAGUGAUGAGAACUUUACAAAUACGGACUUUUCUAGUUUAUACCAGAAUUCAGACAGCAUACGAAAAGCUAUCAGCCUCAGUGGAAGUAUGAAGAUGCAUACUCGGCCGGAUACAUCACUGGGAGAAGCUGCUGCAUACCAAGCUGAUGAGUACUUGGCUGGCUGUUCGGCAUUUCGUGAUCCUCCUUCAAUUGCUCAUUCAUGUGAGGCAGAAUACAAUGAAAAUGAACAUCUGAUGUUUGCAGAUGAGAAUGAUUUAUCUGGUAGUGAGCCACAUUCUCCAUACUUUAAGUUUAAAGGAGAAAUGAUAGAAAAUGAGUUAUAUGAUUCUUAUAUGCAAAAAAGUAUGAAAGUAUUUUCAAGAGGAAGCCAGCCUUUUAUAUUAAGGCAUCGACCUGUAUCAGAAAUUCCCAAAUCAAGUAAAGUGCAAGCUUCAUCAAGUUCCCUUCAGAAAAGAAGAAACGUGGAUCUUGUAAAUAUUUCUUGCACUGGGAGGCAGAUUUCACAAAAUGAAACUUCCACAGAAGAAAAGCCACCCAUCAUCUCUCCAUAUGGGGAAACCUUUAUUUGUGACAACCCUAAAGAUGCUAAAGAACUUCAUGGAAAUGAAUUCCCAGCUUGUGAAAGCAGAUCAGAUCUAGGAAUGAGUGAAGAGUGUUCUUACAAGAAUCUAUGUUUCUUUAAUAAUCAGGAAGAGAAGACAAAGGAAUUGGCAAAAAAUGAAUCCCUGUCUCAUGAAAAGAAAUCAUUAGAACCAGAAGAAUCUGAAAGUGAAUCUGUGUAUUCUGUUGUGGAGCAAUGUUCUUUGCCUUUAAAGAAAAAGAAAGACAAAGCCAAAACACAGUCAGCAUCUUGUAGUAAGAUAGAAAGUGGAAACUCAGAUCACUUGGUCAGCGAACAAAUGCAUUGUCAGCAAUUUGAUGGAAAUGAAACUUCGACUGGAAAUGAAUCAAUAACACCAUAUGCUUGUUUUUAUGGACAAUCAGUAAAGAAGGUUAAAGCGGGAUGGCUGGAUAAAUUAUCGCCUCAAGGCAAACGUAUGUUUCAGAAGCGCUGGGUUAAAUUUGAUGGAGACAGCAUUUCUUAUUACAAUAAUGAAAAGGAAGUGUUCUCAAAGGGAAUAAUACUGCUCUCUGCUAUAGAAACAGUAAGAGUUCAAGGCGAGAAUAAAUUUGAAAUUGUCACAUCCCAUAGGACUUUUGUCUUCCGUGUGGAUAAAGAAGAAGAAAGGAAUGACUGGGUUAAUAUGAUGCUCAAUGCCUUGAAAAUGCAGUCUGAUAAUAACUCUCAAUCUCGUACUUGCGUUGCCCCUGAGAAAAGUGGCUAUCUUGAGCUGAAAGGAUACAAAGCCAAAAUCUUUAUUCUACUUCAGGGGAAUACUGUGUGGAUCUGCAAAAAUGAGCAGGAUUUUAAGACAGGAUUUGGUAUCACUUUAAUUCCUAUGAAUGUGGCAAAUGUAAAACAUGUGGAUCGGACUGCAAAACAAUCUUUUGAAAUAAUUACUCCUUAUAAAAGCUUUAGCUUUACAGCAGAAUCAGAAAGAGAGAAACAAGACUGGAUUGAAGCACUGCAACAAUCAAUAGCAGAAACUCUGUCUGAUUAUGAAGUAGCCGAGAAGAUUUGGUUCAAUGAGUCCAACAGGAGCUGUGCUGACUGUAAAGCUCCCAGUCCUGACUGGGCAUCCAUCAAUCUCUGUGUUGUCAUUUGUAAGAAGUGUGCAGGACAGCACAGAUCUUUAGGACCAAGAGAUUCAAAGGUCCGGAGUCUAAAAAUGGAUGCCAGCAUUUGGAGCAAUGAACUUAUUGAGCUCUUUAUCAUCAUUGGAAAUAAGAGGGCAAACAGUUUUUGGGCAGGAAAUCUUUCUCCAGAAGAAGAGCUGCAUAUGGAUGCCUCUGCAGAGAAGAGGAUAGCAUUCAUUACACAAAAAUACAAAGAGGGAAAAUUCAGGAAAGCACCUUUUUCAUACAGAACCAAGGAACAAUUGAAUAAGGCCUUAUGUGCUGCCGUAGUUAAACAAGAUGUGCUAGAAACUCUGAUGUUGUUGUUUAGUGGGGCUGAUGCUAUGUGUGCCACUGGAGACCCUGUCUGCAGUACUCCAUACUUAUUAGCCAAGAAAGCUGGACAAAGACUACAAAUGGAAUUCCUGUACCAUAAUAAGUUCUCAGAUUUCCCAAACUAUGAUACUUGUUUUGAAAGCGGUGUCUCUGAAGAUUCUUCACGUUCUACCUUUCUUUGUGAAUUCUUAUACAAAAUUUCUUCUAAUACUGCUAAGCUCAUUACAGAGAAGAAAUUAAAAGAAGAGUGCAACAAAAGAUGGUGCGCUUUGGAAAGCGGCUUUCUGAGCUACUAUGAAAACGAUAAAACUACUGCUCCUCAUGGUAUGAUUGACAUCAAUGAAGUUAUCUGUCUUGCAUUGCACAAGUCAGACUUCUUUUUAAAUAGAAGGGACAUCUUUACCUUUGAAAUCUACUUAAUGUCAGAACGUGUUUUUCUGUUUGGAGCUGAAACUGCAUAUUCACAAAGAAAAUGGACUUCGGCAAUAGCUAAGCAUUUUGUUCCCCCUGUAGCUGAAUGCUUAUUAGAGAGAGACUGUGAGCUGAUUGGCCAGCUGUACUACAAAGAUUGCCACAACCUGGAUCAGUGGAGAAAAGGCUGGUUUGCUAUAGAGAAAUCAAGCCUUUAUUUUUGUCUUGAAAUAGAGGAUGCUCAAGAAGAUUCCAUCUAUCUGAGGAGGUUGCAAGAACUAACAAUAAGUAGUGUGAUGCAAAAUGGAGAGAAAAUAGAUAUCCUGCUGCUUGUUGAAAAAGGAAGAACGCUGUAUGUCCAUGGCCAUUCGAAGCUGGAUUUCAUGGUCUGGUAUACUGCAAUUGAAAAAGCAGCAGGUACAGAUGGUAAUGCAUUACCAGAUCAGCAGCUCAGCAAAAAUGAUGUUCCUAUUAUAGUGAACAGCUGUAUAGCAUUUGUUACACAGUAUGGUUUAGGUAGCAAGCAGAUCUACCUUAAGAACGGCGAUCCUUCCAAUGUGGCUGAACUGCUGGAAAGCUUCAAAAAAGAUGCAAGGAGUGUUAAGCUAAGAGCAGGGAAGCAUCAGCUUGAAGAUGUGACUGAUGUAUUGAAAAUUUUUCUUUCCCAAAUAGAUGAUGCACUUCUCACUAAAGAACUUUAUCCAUUCUGGAUUUCUGCAUUAGAUACACAGAAUGAAAAGGAACGUGUGAGGAAGUAUGCAGCUUUUAUUCGGACUCUUCCACCAGUCAAUAGGGCAACUCUGGCUGCUUUAAUUGAGCAUCUUUACAGGGUGCAGAAGUGUUCCGAAAUCAAUCAUAUGGACCCUCACAAUCUAGCCAUGGUAUUUUCAUCAUGCUUAUUUCAAACUAAAGGCCAAACUAGCGAAGAAGUCAAUGUAAUUGAAGAUCUAAUUAAAAAUUAUGUUCAACUUUUUGAUAUAAAUGAAGACCAGGUCAAGCAAAUGGAUACAGAGAACAGCUUUAUUACCAGGUGGAAAGACACUCAGGUUUCCCAGGCUGGAGAUUUGCUUAUUGAAGUUUACGUGGAAAGAAGGGAGCCAGACUGUAGUCUUAUAAUCAGGAUAUCACCUUUGAUGGAAGCAGAAGAAUUAACUAAUGAUAUUCUAGGAAUCAAAAAUAUUAUUCCCAACAAAAAUGAUAUCUGGGCUGCUUUUGAAGUACUUGAAAAUGGAGAACUAGAACGUCCUCUGCAUUAUACAGAGAAUGUACUUGAACAAGUUCUCCACUGGAGUUCAUUACCAGAGCCUGGCACCGCAUAUUUGAUAAUAAAGAGAUUUGUAACAGCAGACAUGUUAAAACUCUACAGUGACAAAAAUGACAAAGGUAGUGUGAAAGCAGCCACUCUGAGGUGCAAAGAAGAACCAUCAAAAUUACUGUCCGGAAACAAAUUUCAAGAGCGUUAUUUUGUGUUACGGGAAGGAAACUUGCUUCUUUAUAAGGAUAUGAAGGCUAGUAAACCUGAAAAAGUGUUACCUGUGAAUUCCCUGAAGCUUUAUCGUGGAGUGAAAAAGAAAAUGAAGCCGCCAACAAACUGGGGACUUGCAGUAUUUUCUGAAAAGCACCAGUGGUAUAUAUGUUGUGAUGGACAAGAUGCACAGAUGGAGUGGAUGAUCAGCAUUUUUACUGCACAGCAUGCAGAUAUAUGGCCACCCACUGGAAAAGCGAGAAAACAGUCUAUAACCAAAAGUCCUAAGAUUGGAGGCUUACCACUAAUUCCCAUUCAACAGGAGAAGAAAACCUGUAAAAUCAGAGGAAGUACAGAAAAUGUAGAGCUACAAUCUGGGAAACUGAAAUUCGGCAGGCAUCAUGAAAAUUACUUUCUGGAAGAAAGAAUAAAAUUGAAAGACAAAGCAUCUAUUGUGGCACAGUGUUUGGAACGGAAGGAAGAGAAAGUUCGAAAUCAUGCAAAGACACACUGGAGCUUGAUCCCUGUUGAGGAUGUAGGUGCAGGGAUGGCUGACCUAUACCAAAGAUCACAGAAGACUCUAAAGAAAAAUAAGAACAAAACCAAAACUACUUUGGAACUAGAUAACAAAUUGCCAUCAAAUGUGAUUCAUGAACUAAAUACAGUGCUGCAGAAAAGCAGAACACUUCAUGAUGAGACCUCCAGCUGAUUUCCCAAGUCUGAAGCUAAAUAUGUAUCUGUAUGUGCAUGUGUGUGAGUUUUCUGGGCCAAAGCAGUCUUUUUUUGACAUGAACUCUUUGUACAGUGCAGAGGAAAUAUAAUUUGUUUAUAUGCAACUGUUGAUUUUGUAUAUGCAUAUGUCACGUUAUAAUUUAAGAUUAAACUGGGAGAAAUUAUUAUGUAAACUCCUGAUAUUUUGAAGCUUUCCUAUGCAGUGCAAUGAGACCAAGGUUUUGUCUGUUAUUUUUUGUUGCAGAUUUUGUUUGAUAUAAUAAUUCUAAGCACUAUCAAAAGCUUAUGCUCUGUUUUAUAUUCUGUACCAUCUUGUAAGAACUGGAGAGAUAUUUUUGGAAGGAAGACAAGAUAUACACUGAUAUUCAUAUUGUUCACCGGUAAUAUUUUUAAUUGUUCAACACUAUAAAAAUGAGUAAUAUCUGCUUUGAAAAGUGAUGUUUGUAUGAAUUUUUUUUAAUUUAAGAAUGGAAUUAAUAUCUGCUUCCAUAGAAUAAUCAAAAGGGAGAGGAAUGUAGUAGGGAAGACAAUGUAUUAGUUCUUGUAUCUCAGAACUGUCUAUACAGUGUACAUCUGAUAAUGACAUCAUACUGAGGAUGACAAAAAGUAGUAUUCAAAGCAAUAUCUAAUUUUAAAGGGUAUAUGAAUUGGAAGAGUUACAUAAACUUUUUCCUCGACAGGCUGAGGUAGUUUUUGCUCAGGGUAACAAAGACAGGCUUUUCUAUCACUGUUUGGAUUAAGCUUGCUUGGUACUGACAAAGUUGCCAACAUCUGAUGAUAUUUAAUAUUCACAUGAUAUAUGAAUUUCCUUAAAAAAAGUGGUUCCCACACAAACAUGUCUAUCAGAAGAGUGCCAACUCAUUCGGUUAAGAAGUGCCAGUUACUAAGUGAGUGAGGAGAUUAACCUCUCCCGUAACCCCAAGAUAAAGGGGAACAGUACACUGUUCACAGGGACUAGGAAAUGUUUGUGCUAAAACUCUAGCACAGUGGCUCUUCUGAGUGUGAGGAGAAGGUCCCAAGGUUGAGAAAAUAGCCUCAGUUACCUCAUUUGCUGCAUUCUGAGUAUUUAAGUAGCAGUUCCUGAAGACAUGUGAUGUACUACUUUGCAGCUACUUUAUUUUUUAAAUCCUGAGUUCCUUAAAUUUAAAACUCGUAAUCUGGCUUCAAAACAAAACCUAUGUGAGCAGUGAAAUUAUUUGGUUUUCUUCAUUUGUUUUGUGGAUCUCAACUCCUUUUAUCUCAUGGGAGUGCCUCUUUCCUCUCUCAUGUCAUAUCCCAGUUUUUACUUUGUUGCAUAACAGCUGGAUGGGCAAAAGGCACCUCUGUACUGAGGCCAUUUUCAGCUGUUGCAGAUGCUGUCUGCAGGACCAACAGAGCAGAGUGCUCAUGAGCUCACACUGCAUCUUUACUUCAGAAGAGGUAUUAAUAACAGCAUCUCCUUUAUUUUGCUUCUUUCCUUUUUGUCGUCUGAUUACCCACACUGCCACAGAUUUUCACGAGUGUUUAAGAACUUGCUAGUGCCUUCAGUGCUCCUCAAGUUUGAUUGGAACUGGCCAGACCUCUUAAAGUGGAAAAGAGAAUUUUAAAUUAUUUCUUAAUUACUGGAAAUUGUUUUCAAUAGGCUCUUAAUUCCUUAAAUUUUCGGAGAAAUAAUUGAAUUUAAUCAGCAACAAUGACAUUUAUUUUUAUUAAUGGAUAGUUGUGAGAAUGCUUUAUGUUGCUACUAAAUGUUUUCCCAUACAGAAUCAGUAUGCUCACUUAUUCCCUCUUCCGGUUUUGGUAGUCACAGGUGCCUUAACUUUUUUCACAUCAUUUACUUCCAUUCUUGAUUGCAUUGAGCACUUUAAUUACAAAAAUAAUUUAUUUGAGUGAAGAAAUUGGACGAAUUACUCGAACAAUCUAUCGGGCAACUCUGCGAGGAAGUGCAGGGAGAAUGAGGUAAAACCCCAAAGUUUUAUAGUGUUUUGUAUUUAUUCUUCUAGAAUGUGGCAGUGACAAAGCAAGUUUAGUCUUUAUGACUUUGCACUUACCAUAUCUGGCCGGUUGUUAAAUCUGGAACAAGUUUGUAGAUUUUCAUUUUCCUAGUGCACUGUUGACUGUUUUGCUGCCUUUAAUUUGUAAUUGAGACUCUUCUAAUCAUUGAGGUCCUGGCUCAAGAAAUCAUAUAAGCCUGAACUUAAAUUGUAUGAUCUAAAGCCAGUGUUUAAUGUCAGUCAGCACAUUCUCAAGUGCUGGUUUGAAUCAGGCCCUAAUGUCAUCAGGAAAAAUUACUUUCUCUCUGGAGCUGGACCUGAAUGUACUGUUUAUAGUUGUACUUUUAUUUGCAAAUAUUUUUCAAUAUUGAGUUAUGGUUUCUGUAUUGUUUAUCUUUUUAUUGGGUUCUUAAAAAUGACAUUCACCUCUGCUGAAAGCCUCAUACAUCAUUUAAGCCCCUACGCUAAUGUAAUAAAUGGAGCAAUGGAAGAGUUGUGUGCACUGAAGUGAAUAUGUCCAUAAAGAAAAUAUUUUCUGUAUUUUUAUUGGAUAUAAGGACUGCAGAAAUUUGUUCUGUUUCAGAAGCAUAUCACAGAUAAAGCAUCUGUAUGGCUGCUGUUAAAGGGUCCUCAAAAUCAAGAAGAAAAGAUGUUUACCAAAGUAUGUUUAAAUUUGGAUUUAUAUGUGUGUAUACACUAACAUGCUAUAUAGGUGUGUGUCUGCAUACAUGUUUGUGCAUUUAUCCACAGCGGCGCACUGAAUGGUGACAGUGUUAACAUAAGGAAAAUUUAUUUGGGAAAUGGAAAUUAAAUUUGCAGUUAAAUAUUUCAAAUGGAUAUAAAUGCUUUGGACCAAUUAUCUCACAUGUUGUUGCACUACACAUUCCAGGCUGAUAUAAGACCUGCAGGAUAAAUGUGUUUUGUUGCAAUACCUUAAUAGCUGCUGAUCUUUUAUUGUUCCUGUGUCAUGUUGUAGAAUGGCAAAGGAAGUGUAAUUUUCAAAGAAUAAAUGGUAAUUAUUUGAAUAAAUGCUAUUUCUCUAAAAUAGAUGAUGGAUUUUUUUUCAGAAAAAAAUUAAAUCAAAAUUAAAAAAGAAUACUUCUGUAUGUCUUUCCAUAUGAAAGCCUGGUAAGUGUUUAAUGUAGUUAAAUGAGACACAGGGACUUUAUCUAUGGGCUUAUAACAGUGGAUAGACUACUAUUGAAAUCUCAGUAAAUCUCAGGUUGUUAACUUCUGCAACCAUUGUAGGUGUAAAAUUGACGUGUAAGCAUGAUUUGUAGUAAGUAUUUUAACAUAAUGCCGGUUUUCUCUUUGUGUGGAUGUGUUCACAUUUAUUAUAAUGAGGGAGGGAAAUAAUAUAAAACCCAAAGAAAUUCAGCUGGAAUUUGUUUUUAUUUUUCCUUUAGUUCAACUGAAUAUUGGCUACUAUUUUGACUUUUUUCUUUGAAACAUAUCUUUUCCUGAGUGAUUAUUUUGGGCUAUCAUUUCAAAAGAGGAGAUUGACUAACAGGUUUUGUGCCUCAGCAGAGACUACUUUGGUGUGGGUUUGAUUUGACUAUCUGAGAUCAACGGAGUGUGUGUUCAUGGAGACCUUGCCUUUACUGUGUGUCUUGGAUUGAGAUGCGUUUUCUGCAUUAUAAGGCUUUGCAAAUCUUAACCAAGAAUCUCUCCAGCGAGGGAAGAAUAUCCCCAAAGACCGCUUCGGUUAAUAAGGAGGACUUGGCCAUAUCAUUCAUUUUUGUUUCUUUGUUGUGAAGAACACUGGGCUGUUGUGCCUAAAGUUGUUAUGAUGCCACUGGCUCUGCCUGCCAGAGGCACUGCUGGAGUGCCUUUCACUGUCACAUGUGGGGGUAGUUUUUGGACAGCUCUGCAGAUUUAAAUGUAGCAGAGAGUAAAAGUUAGAGGAAUUUUAUCUCGCUGCUGUGAUUCUUCACUCCCAAAUACAGUGCUUGCACUGUUUGUGUUCUUGUGAAUGCUGCCAGAUUACCACCAGCUCCACAUCUCAAGUUCCAGGUUAAGGAGACUGGAAAAAAAAUUAAAUGCUUUGCCGAGGACAGUAGUGGUGCAUGCAGGGGUCAGGAGGUAACGAGUAUGUGUCUCAUGGGCUGAGACACUUCGUUAUGAGCCUACGCUUUCUCAUCACCUUUCUGACUUUUAAAUCCUGUUUUCCAGUGCAAGCUGUUUCAGUGUGAAAGAAUGUUAUAGGACUGGUUUUUGGCAUCCAAAUUAGAACUUCAGUUGUGCAUGAGUUCAACCGGAAACUGAACUUAAAAAAAAAUGUUGCCUCAAGUCCUUGUUGUAAGCAUAGCAUGCUCUAAAAAAUACAUUCAAUUUGGGCUACCAUUUCAGUAAGUUACAUUGGGAAACCUCAACCUAUCUAUGUGGGGUAGAAAAAGAUUACUUCUGUGGAUGAAUGGAAUGUAUUCCAAGUUGAAUUGUUUGAAAAAGAACUAUAUGUACUAACUUACAAAGCUGAAGGUAUUGCAGCAAGAUUGAUUGAGAAGAUUCAGAAUGCCUGGAUGUGGUAUGUACAGUAUUCCUACUUCUGACCUGCCAAAAAUGCACUGUCAAAAAAACGUGGGUUUUGAGAUUGUUCUCUGUAAAAAAGGCAUGAAGCUUUGCAAAGUUUUCUUCAUGGUUCACGCUAGAUUUGGAUGUUGUACUGCUAGCAACUCCACUGCAAGUGAGAUGCAUCUGCAGCCCUGUUAAGGGGAAAAACGGUUCUGCUAUUUUGAUUCUUACUACUGCUGUAGCUCAACUGUCUCAUUAUUUUCUGCACUGAAAUUUCUUUGAGAAUAUUCCUGUUAUCUUUAUUGCUCACAUAAUUUACCAGAAAGCCUUGAUGAUCUUUAGUACUGAAGGGUUAAUGCCACAGCUGCUGUAGGCAAUUAUAGCUUUUUACAUACCUAUAGUCUUGCACUGCAGUUCAGGUUUUUGGGGCACUUUAGUACUAGCUUAGCCUAUCUGACCUUACUUGAGCCCUUUCUACAUUUUGUUCUAGACCCCAUUCUGUGUCAUACGCUCUGGAACAUCCUAAUCUUAAGGCUGUCUUCCAUACACACUCCCAUACUGCUUUGGCUUGAUGUGUGUUUGCUCUGAUUUUUAAUCCAUGACUCAAACUUUACCCAUGCUUUCUGUUUAGAUCCCACGACAUCUCUGACUGUUGACUUUGACUUGUUUUGCAGAUGGUAUGUGCAUUAUGGUCAAGCCCAACAUAUAAAGCUUGCCUUAACCUUUAUCUUAAAUCCUGGUAGAGGUAUUCUCACUGUUUCCCUACAGAGAAAGGGAUUUCACUGAACUGGCCAAGAGAGAAAGAGGUUUAGAUGUUGACAAAUAAAUGUUACGAAGUUCUGUAACCCACUUCUGUAAAUUCAUCUGAAGGUCUUCUAUGUAUUUAUGUUUGUGUAGCAAGCAAAUCAGCAGGCAAACUAAAGUAAAUGUACUCUGUUUUUAAAUUACUUGAGUUCAAUGCCUUAAUAAUCCUGUAAUAUAUGCCUGGUAAUAAAGAAUGCAAUUUCUUGCAAAUAUACCUUUGGUUACAUAAACACUAAAGCCUUUUCUUUCAGAAUUUAAUUAGCAUUGGUUUGUCCAGUACUGCAGACUGCUUGAGAACUAAUAAGUCUGAAUAAACUGAGGUUUGCUAUAUGUAUGAAUUUUACAACUUGCAUUUUCUCUCCUAUCUACAUUUCCAGUAUGUUCCAUUUAAAAGCUAAUAACGUCUUUGUAUUUGACUAGUUUUCGUUUAUAAGUCUAUUUGAAUUCCUGCAUGACUGAAAUGUAAUUUCUUCAAAUAGGCCUUAGCCAUUUGCCUUUUGUUUGUUGGAGCUUAGUAGUUUACUCUUAUGUUUGGUGUCCAGAACUUCAGUUUCUUUUCAGGGGUUUUGUUGUCCUGCUGUUUACUCAUUCAUCUUAUACAUUGGUGCCGUUCAGGCUCAUUGGAUGAUAAAUAUCAUAAGCUGUGUAUAACAAUCCUAAGGUCUUCCCAGGCUACUAUAGAUAGAAUGAAGAGCCUUACAGGCUUCCCUUCCAGAGGAAACCAGGUUUCAUGGGAGAUUACACAACUUUCAUGUAGCAGAAUAUGUCUUGGAGUCUUGGUUAAAUCCCUGAGUGAAACAACAGUACAUUUUAUCUAUAUCCUGGAGUUUGUUGGUUUAAUUCCCUUUCUGUCAACUUUUGCUCUUGUAUUACACAGCUUAGGAAAACAAGUGUUAAAAACGUUGGCAUAGGAUCUGUUCUACAAACUAGUGUACAGAAAAAUAAAUAUGAAAUAUCUCUAAAAGAGUAAGAAAUUCCACCAUUAGCUUAAAAGAAGUUUCUUUUUUACUCAUUAAAUAGCAAAACAGAACUAAAUUCCUUUUCACAAUUUUUUCCUCACAGAUUUUUAAAGGCAAGUUCUCACUAGCUUGAUCUUUCUAUGAAUUUUCAAUAUUAGGACCUGAGUUUCAUUUAGAAAGCUUAUCUUCCAAGAUGUAAAUCUUGAUAGAGAGAAGUUGCUAAAUGUCAAAUAUUUUAAAAGACCUUUUAUAAAGGUUUGCUUUCCUAUUAACUAGAUAUAUCAUAGCAGCAUUAACUUGUUUAAUUCUCUCUGAACAGUAAUUCUGGGAUACAUACAUAUCCUAUAAUGAUUAUUCACCUUUUUUUAAUGUCAGUCAUGAAAAAAAUUCCAAAGAUUCCCAUAUAUGACUGAAUAAAACCUGCAACAUUAGGAUAUUUACCAUUUACUAUUGGAAUUUGUCAAAAUAAUCUGACUGUAUUAUGCUAAAUAUUGCUAUUGAUGUUCAGCAGACACUCACAAGUAGCUUACUUGGAUAAUACAACUAUGAUUUGUUAUGGCCAGUGAUGGGGAAUUAGUUAAAGGGAUUCUGUCAUAAUUAAUUUAUCUCCUAUUGAGUCUCUUGUAGCCAUCUCCUCUCUCCAAAAUCCUUAGGUUUCAAAAAAAAGGCGUUAGUUUAUAAUUUAAAAUUUACAGCCAGAAAUUCGUCUUGAAAAUGCCAUGUUCAAAGAAUGACCCACAAAAAAUAACCAUCCUCCUUAAUAUGUUUGCAGACGCUUCCUAUAUUAAAUGAUUUUUAGAGCCAUAUAACAAAACAAAUGGAUGACAACUGUGCUGAAAUACAAAACAGUUCUGCAAUAGGUGAAUAAUAUUUGUCUUAGAAUAGUUCUUUUUCCAUCAAGUGGGUUGGGGUGAUCGAGAAAACGGUUUGAAUGGCUUGAGUCAAGGUCAGAAGUCAUUGACAAGAAAUUGCACCUGAGUUUUGCUAAGGGCUUGAAAGAUGAAUGUUCUCCCGAAUUUUUCACUGAAUUUUUUAUUGCAGUUAUUAUAGAAAGGCCUCAAAUGUAGCUCAAGGGAGUGGAAUUUAGGAGUUUAUCUGAUUCUUUUUCGGCUUGUGGACACUAGUCCAGACUUGUUGGCAUGCAUCUGGUCAUACAUUAUUUACUGACUGUUUCUAAUUAUAUCUCUGUUGUAGCUUUCGGAAAUUUCAUUUUUAGGACUAAACAGAGCAGAGUUCUACAGUUUGUCUGGUAUGGAUAGGAUACACCACUAGGACAAGAAAGGUGAAAACCCCUGCUCUAUAAAGUGUUUUUUCACCUUUGAGCAUAUGCUUUGGCCUGUACCUGACAUUUGCAUUCACAAGAGGUAUCAAAAAAUUUAUAUCUUAUUUGUAAAUGGUCCUUGUUAAGAGUUCAUUGUCACACUGGACUUUUUAGUGAAGGUUAAUGAAAUCUAUAGUCUAAUAAUAUUUUUGUGAAACUAACCUAAUUUCUUUGCAGAUAUAUUUUGAAAUGAGCAGCCACGCAUUAAAUGGACAAAGUUUAUAGUUGGAUUUUAGUUAACUAACCCAGAGUAUUAGGGUAGAUACUCUUUUUGUAUGUUAACGUUAAACAGAAUCUUCCUUUUCACGGAUACUGGAGGUUUUAUGUGAUUUGAUUCUUUUGGCUGAGCCAUGGAAGUCAUGCAGCCAGUAUUGGAACUCUGGUAGAGCAUAACCUUGUAUGUUUGAAGGUAUGUAGGAAACCGAAAGUUGUUAAAACAUGCAGUCAGUAGUAUCGCAUAUUUAUCAUUGAUCAGUAACAUUUUUUGAUAAUGCACUUACAUCACUUUGGUUUUCAUAAUAAAUCUUUCAUUAGAAAUAAAAAACUGAGUCAAAGAUGUUUUACAUAUUAAAAUUAUUUUAUUGAAGUUUUCCUUUCAAGCUUUUUUUUUGACUUUAUAAGCAGAUAUUUUAACAGACAGGUACAGCACUUAUUUUUUUUUUCCUGAUUGCCCUAAACAAAAGAAAUGGAUAGACAUGAACUAUCGUUGUUGUACAUACCUUAUUUUGCCUCUAUAUACCUUAUUUUACCUGCUACCUCACUACCUUUGAAGGUAUAUUUUUAUUAUUUAUUAAAUAAAGAGUGGUCAAAUUAUGCUUUGUUGCACUCGUGUUCCCUUGUUUAUACUUAACACCUAUGAUUUGGAUCAUCUUUAGCCUUGCAGGUUGUCAACUGUUCAGAGCUGAAAAAUAAAUACUAAAAAUUAAAGGGGUUGAGACACCUUCUUGCCUCAAAAGUACAGUACGUUGCCCAUUCUUAUGAAUGUUUUCAGCUUCUUAGCUGUUGAUGUCUACUUUUCUAUUCCCUGAUGUAUCAUUAGUGAGAACACAAAAGUAUAUCCCAUCCUCAUGUCCAUACAGGACACUAUCAAAGUGACAAUUUUUUUUUCUUUCAAGUCAUCUCUUCAGAAUUAAUGAACUGUGAAAAGAAAUUGCACAGUAAAAGGAUAAUACCUCUGCAACUGUAUUUAUGAUUAGAUCUUAAACAGAGGGCAAAUUUAUAUCCUACUUGAAUUGCAAAAAUCACUUACUUUCUACUAUUAUUUUUUUUUACUAUUAUCAGGAUAAAAUGUGAAUUAGGCUAAUAGGAAUAACAGUGCAAGCUAAAUUAUAUAUGCUUUAGUCAGAAAAAAAAUCUCAUUAAUAUUCUUAUUUAUAUACUCCCACUUUCAGACAAUAACUUUAGUUUUAGUUAGAGGCUGGAGUCUAUGUCACUGUCUGGUUUCAGUAACAGCUUCUGAACUACUAUGUUAGAUCAAAAACUGUUUUCUUUCUGAGAAUCAGAAUUCUUUGCUAUAGAUUUCUUGGAACAAACUUUGGUACCUAGAUUUGUAUUUUAAAAUUACUUGUUAAGUUCUUUUGCAGUCAAUUAACUGAAGUUAUUUCACAACUGACUGAACCAUGAGAAAGCUUUAGCUAUCAGUCUAAGUUACCUAACAUAUUCAGUGUGCCACACAUUUUGUGCUAUUUAAAAGUGUCAUUUUGCCACUUUUUAUGUUCCUUUUGAAGACCAUUGUGUAACCAGAUGUUUUUAUGCUCUUUAUUUGCAGUUGCAGAACUCCAGAUUUGAGUGGAAAAGAAAAAAUUCCUCAUGAAUUUAUUGGGUGUUGCCCUAAACAUUUACAGGUGAAGGAGAUGUGCUUCUUAAAAGGUUUUGGAGUGAAGUGAUCAACUGGUUUGACAGCAACAAAAGUUCCCCAAAACACAUCUGUGUAUUCUUGAAAAGAGUAGAGUCGUUUUACUCUGAUCUACGCUUUUGUUCAGAACCCCAAAGGUUAAUGUCCAGUACAUUAGGCAUGUUAUAAUUGAACUGAGAAACAAAUUAAAAUGUUAAUGAACUGUCUUCCCUUUGGAAGUAAACUCUAGGUUUCUUAUUACUAGCACUGCCAGCAUGCUUGAUCUUGUAGUCUAAUCGACACUUAAUGGCUCUCUGUUGGUGUCUCUAAUUUUACAUAAUUAACGUGCAUGUAAAAUGAACCUUGUAAAUACUUUGUGCUCAUAUACCACAUGCUGAACAAUGUAAGCAAGCUAGUAUAAGUUACUUAUGUUUGUCCCUUGUAGUUUUCUUGAUCUCAGAACUUUGCAUUAUCAUGGAGCUGUGAGGGGGAAAUUUACCAGGCAUCCCACCUUGUUUAAGCAUGCAGCCCAGAAACAAUGGAAAAAUUCUAAAGAGCAGAAAGAUCAACCGGGUUCUUUUUGUUCAGUCCAAUAGUAAUAGAUUGUAGAAUUUUUAACUGAUCUGUAUUAGACUGUUUUACAAAUAUACCUCUCUAAACUGGUUAUGUUUUUAAGUUCUAGAUGCUCUAGAGAUGACCCUUCUGGCUACUUAUCAAAGCAAAAUUUGACCACACUUGUAAGUAAUAUCUAAUGAAAUUUGGAAGUAUAGGAUAUAUGAUUAAAAAUAAUGAAAGUUUUCCAGCCUGUUGAAAUUAUAUUGAGGAACUUUAGCAAGAGGAAACACUCUCUACAGUUUUAAGUAUGGACUGAGUUUCCAGCAAAUAAAAUGUCAGGUCACUAAGCAGAAAUUCGUUAUAUAUUAGUAAAUCAAAAAUUUCUGUUUUCAUCUUUCUACCAGUUUUUACUCUGCCGU